GGCCUUCCCGAGCGGCGCAAAAACAGAACGGAGCUUUGGCCAGUGAGGGUAUCAUUUCCUUGGCAAACUAAGGGACAAAGUGACUAAUCUGGAUUGUACGAGAACACCUCAUCUAUCAUGGGUCAGUCGUGGGUCAGUCAUGGGUCAAUUGCAAAGAUGCUUUACGAGUACAGUGGUACAAGUCAACGAUCGGUGACUGGAAGAUUGGAUUCGAGAAAUAAAUAUAAUCAAGAGGUGUAUUUCCAUCCCUCAAAUACUUCUUUAUUUUAAAGAAAUAUCGUAAAUUGGUAAUUAUGUAGAAAAUUAGUUUCAGGACCUAAUGAACAAUUCUCUAUAAUUAAUACUGAUUAUAACUUUUUUUUGCACGUGACUGGAUGAUGGGAUUCAAGAAAUAAAUAUAAUCAAGCUGAAAUUACUUAACAGGUUAAAUAAUUGCAAGAUUACUACAAAAAAGAAUAUUGAUUGAGUUCAGGGUAUCAACGUUAAUUAUCGAUUGUAUCAGACAUAAAAUUUGCCGAAUAUAACCGAGUUAAGAUAUUAAUGUAUUAUAGAAAUAAAAAGGGAGCUUAUCGUUGAUAAGUAAUAUCGAAUAUUUUUAGAAUGCAAAUUGAAGUCAACGAACUAUUUUGGAAUUUUUUGAGAAUUAAUAUUGAUUAUUCGAGGAUCGAAAACAAAAGUGUACAAAACAUGCCGUGUUUUUUUCCUCAUCGAUAUUUUCACUCCUUCAUUAUUUUCACUGAAAUAACCGGACAAACAUAAUUACUUCACUUUUCCUUAUAAAGAGAAAAACAAACGCUUUUCAAAAACAAAGAUUUAAUUCCAAUUAAAUUUUCUCAAGCUAAAUAUCAGUAUAUGUAAAUAUUCCGUUAUCGUUUCACAAUUAAAAAAUAAAAAUAAAAAACAGAGAAAGAGAGAGAGAGAGAGACGUUUCUUUUCUACAACAAAAUCAAACGAUAAAAACGAUGCACGAUACAGAUAAUAAUAUAAAUACUUCAUUGAACGAUAAGCUUUAUCAAAAACUUCCAAAAUAUCCAGUUUACCAGCGUUUACAGAAAAAUUCAAGGAAAAUACGUGGAAGCAACGGGAAAUGAAAGUGGCAGUGAGUCAGAUGUAUCCACGGUAUCGGAGUGUGUGAAACGCGAUCGAAGAGGAAGAGGGUUAAGAAUAAUUGAUAAAGCAACGAGCGUCUGAUGUGUCUUACAUAAAAGUAAUAACAACCAAUUGGACGCGUGCCGUUAUUCCAUGUAACAUAACCCAGACCUAACCCAGGACCUAUCGUGCCGAGAGUGCAAUUGCCACGAUGCUCGGUUUUAUUCCAUCCAGCAGGAGGGCCUGGAAUUGCGAAACGAUCGUUCCAAGUUUGACCUAACGACACUGAUACGAAGAAUCUUGAUUAGAACGUAUGUACAUAUGUAUGGAACGACCUUUGCGUUUGCUUCGAGGCUCCUGGCGCCAUAGAAUCCGAGAAUAUCAGACGAUUCUUCGUUCGAGCCUUAGGAAUUUCGGGUGGAUCUUUAGGAAAUGAUUUUAUGGUAAACUAUUACAAGCUUUGAUGUUACGGUAAAUUUCAGAACUUUCAAGAGUUGUACUUUUACUUAUUGAAAUUAUUAGGCGGUGAUUUUCAAUUUCACAGAGUAAAAUUUAUAGGUUCAUGCGGUUUAUAGGGUAAGGUAAGCAAUUAUUGACCCCCAUGCAAUGAUUGACCCUUUUUCUGAAAAAGUAAGAAAUAUAUAUUUUUUUUUUUUUGCAAUGAGGUCGGGAGACAGGGAGGGUGUGCCCCAAUCUCCAGGACUCCCGUAUAAGUUGUCUCUGCGGGCAGAUGCUCGCUUACCAACUAAUAAAAGAAAUUUAUCUUCGCGUUACCAACAUGAAUUGUUGGAUGAUUUAAGUGAGAAGCAGGAAAAUUUUCAAAAAACCUGCUGACAUAGUAAUCGGAGAAGGAAAAUUAAGAAACAGAUAGAGGGAGCACUGGGGGCACCAGUGCACAUACAGGGAAAAAUCCAAGGAAUGUAGCUGUACUAGAUAUCAAGGAGAGAGGAAACGCUCAAAGCGAGCAGGAAGUAAAAUGACAGAGUCAUAGGGUGGGAAAAGGGUAUCUAGAGCGAAAAGGCACAUUUUCCUCUGGUGUAAUAAAUUGAAGUAGAAGAUUUGAAUGGUCAUUGGCGGAGUAAUUUGAGCGAAGAUGAGCUACGUAGUCUUUGAUUAAAGGUACUUUUGCGAUGUCAUGGAGUUUUAAAAUUUUUGAUGGCGGACCAUGGAGAAACUCCCAAAACGACGACGUGGCGGACCAUGGAGAGAGCCCCAAGACGGCAGACCGUGGAAAAAGCUUUAAUUUUAUUUUCUAAAUUUUGCACUGUCCCCUCAAAAAUUACUAAGGGAGAUACUCCUUAAAUUUAGAGAAGAACCUCCUAGCUUUUACAGAUAACAAAUUAAACAAAACUCCAAUGAAGGGUCGCAAUGGUUCAAAAUGUUGCACAUCUUUUCUCUUCCGAAUACAAAUAAAAUCCAUUAUUUAAUCAUUAAUUCUAGUAUUUACAAAUUCGACUAACAACGUGAAUUAAUUUAAACUCUGAAUGAACAUGAAAGAUUCUGCUUAAUGAAAGAAGUUCAUGAAUAGAUAUGAAAUAAAACAAGGUACGAUCGAUCGUUUGUUUACCAAGCACGGUUCAACGAGGAGGAAAGGUAGGCACGAAGGAUACACGCAUAAUAAUACGUGUAUUAAAUAUCAUGGGGUAAAAGAGAGGGUUCAUAAAUCGAUGGGACGCAUCCGAGGGAAAGCAGUGACGGUCAAGUCAUGGAGAGAUUCAGUCCACCAGCGGCUUCAUUGAAGAAAAGAAUCAGUCCCCCGAUAGCAUGGAAUCUGGGCCUGACCAGCAGGGAACCAAGGUUCGUUAAAGCGAUCCUGUUGGGUCAUCAGGGUGUCGGUAAAACUGCUCUGGCAGUGAGAUUCGCUACGAAACGAUACAUAGGCGAAUACGACUGCAGUACCGAGAGGAUAUACAAGGUUGAUAACUUCCUGGAUGCCACGUGGGAGAUAACUGACCCCCCGGGAUACUUGCCACCACCUACCGAGCUGAAACUACGAUGGGCAGAUGUGAUUAUUCUGGUUUAUUCGGUGUCCGAUCGGGUUAGCUUCGACGAGACGUCUCGUCUUCGGUUCUUAGUAUCACACGCAAGGAAAACUAGGCGAGUGCCACCCGUAGUGGUACUGAUAGCUAAUAAAGCAGACGUAACGUACACACCUGGCGAGAGGGUAGUAUCCACUGCGGAAGGUCGUCAGAGAGCCGAAGAGAUCGAGGCUAAUGCAUUUCACGAGAUUUCUGUCAGAGAAUCUGUCGAACAGGUCAUGGCCGUUUUUACCGACAUCUCCAAGCUGUUGACGGAAUUGCCCGGUAAUUCUGGACAGCAGGGAAGCUCCUUCAGGGUGAGGGCAUCCACUGACAGUACUUUGAACGCUCUCCGACGACCCUCUCCUGUUCCGCUCAAGAGGAGAUUCAGUAUCUCCGUGCGAGGAACUACUCAUUGAAUCGGCGAUUUAUAGUACUAGAAUGUAUUUAUUGAAGAUUGGUAUAUUUCAGUUCAAUAGAAAUCUGAUCCGAAGGGUUUCAAACCCGCUAGGGGUGCCUGGGACCCAGGGCCGACCCUGGGCCUAGGCAGACUAGGAGGGCCCCUAGGGCCCCGCAAGGUCCAGGGCCCCCAUAAGACGAUUUUGCGUCUAAGAAUUCAAGAAGAGUAAUCUAAAUUAGUUAUACAAGCUUUAAUGUUAAUUUUAUUUAAUUUCGGGAACCCCCGAAAUCUCAGGACCGGCCCUGCUGAGAUCGCUUGGGUUUCAAAUUUCUUUUAGAAUAAUAACUAAAAUUUAUUAUAAAACAGUAUUUAUUAACGUGAAGUGUCAAUAAUAAAAAAAGCGCAAUCGUUGUAUAA